GACACAGCCACAGUUUAGCUUUAGUGUCCGUGAGUGUGAAGAUCAGGGAAGAUCAAACUACCUUCUGUAGGUUGACCCCUGAGCCUCCGUGUCUCCCCUUCAAGGAUACAGGUUGCACCCCAGGGAUACCAUUACAGUACUCCUGAAUUCUGCCAAACUUGCCAAAGCUACAAUGUCACAAUUCUGUACAAUGCCAACUGGAGAGAGGAAGAAGCGUGCAGCAGCUAUUUGCCAGGAGGUCCACGGUACCAAUGGUGACGUAAUCGAUCUCGGAAAGAAGCUCAGCACUCCUAAAGACAUUAUGUUGGAGGAGUUAUCAUUGCUUUCCAACAGAGGUUCCCGGCUUUUCAAAAUGCGCCAGAGGAGAUCUGAUAAAUAUACAUUUGAAAGUAUACAAAAUGAGGCAAACACACAGCUGAAUAAUGAUAUUUUAACUCAGAAUACACACACUGUGGAAAUUAAAGUGGACGCACCAGCCGAUGGAAAUACUGCUAAUCCAGAAAUCACUAUUUCAGACAUGACUGAAGAGAAGUUAACAGCCACAGCUAUGCCCAAGUCCUACCACUCCCCAUGGGAUCAGGCAAUCCUCAGUGACCCCGACCUCGCCGAAACACUCAAACUGACAAUGUCAGGACCUGAUCCGCGACCAGACCUUCCUGAGUACAAAAGCUUUAACCGGGUGGCCACUCCUUUUGGUGGCUUUGACAAAGCUCCCAGAGGAAUCACAUUCAAGCUCCCAGAGGUGGACCUGAACCCGCCCAGGUACCUAGAGCUGGAGGAGCCAGGAAUGAAGCGACCCACCUUUAAUAGGUCGGCUCAAGGGUGGAUAUCUGAGGGCACCCAUCUGAUCAUACCCACUGUAACCCUGGAGCCCAUUCAAAUCCCAGAGUCUGAUGACCUGUAGGUGGUCUAACUGUAUGUAGUCUGGCCACAUGAUGUCAGCUGUAGUAUUUUGGCCCACCUCUGAUUAAGGCGAAACACCCCAUAACACACUCACAAUUACAUUUAGUGGACAGAAAAUGUUUCCUGCUUUUGUUGACUAGUGUGUUUGGUGUACACUUAAACUGUAUUCAAAGAAAAUCAUGUAAAUAGCAUAACUCAAGAAGGGUUUCCAAUGAUACAGACAGCAAAACUGUACAUUUUAUAAAUGUUCAGUUGAAUUGAUUAAUAUGUAAUGUAAAUAAAGAAUGCAACUUAUUUAUUGAUGGCACACAAUUGGAACAUGCAGUGAGUUAUAUUUAGCUAUUGUGAUGAGUAAGCAGUAUUUCAUUUAUAUCUAUUGUAAAGAAUUAUAUUACAGACAAAUACACAAAUAAGGUGUUCAUUUAUAUUUAUUCAUCAUAUAGAUAUUUAUUAUAAAUAACUCUUAACAUCAUGCAAGCAAAUGUUGAAUACAUAAAUAUAAAUUAAUUAAGCUAUAAUUUAAAUGAAUCUAAAAUUCAACACAAAACAAAUCAAUUAGGGAUGUGUAGAAAUAAAACAAUAGUGAAAGGUCUGUUUUAUAGCUCUGACUUAUUGUUGACUGCUGCUGAAAAAGAAAAAAGAAAGCUAAGAAAUAUUUUAUCUUGAGGAAAUAACAGAGGUCACAUCAAUCUAGGAAGACUGAGAAAUCUGGACUUGGACGAUGGAACUGAUUAUUUAAAAACACAGCAAAUGCAUGGACUCAGAAACAGUGACUUUAUACGCAAUUAUAUUUAAUAAUUGUACAACAUGGAUAUAGUCUGGCCUGCCUUGUUUGGAGUGAGAGAAAAUGUAAAUGUUUGUUCUGUAUUGUGUCUUGUCACAGAUGUACUAGAAACAUGUAACUUUACAGCAUCUCAACCUAGAAGCAAUACUGUGUAUGAGUGUGUAAAAUACACUGAAUGUCUGUGAGUGAUAGUUUGGUGUUUUCUAAAGAACUGAGCUGAAAACAGUCAAGGUGCAUGAUUUUACUUCUACAGUUUAAGUGUAUUGUUUUCUCGUACAUACUCUACAUUGUAUAACUAACUUAAUAUGCAUCGUUUUUAUUCUUCUGAAUGUAACUGGACAUACAAUUUACAAACUUAGAGCGGGGGAGAUACAGGAGAAAAAACUCUGGCAAAAUUAAAUUCAAGGCCAAAGUAUAGGAGCUCAUGAGCAAUCUUCAUGUAUGACUAUCAUUUCUCCAAAACCUCAACAGUCCAAAUAAUUUGCAUUUCCAUUUACACAGAAUGUUUUGUGGGUCAAUUCAUUACUGUCAUAAGAAGUGUCCAUUUGUAUCACUUUAAAUGAAUUAAUACAG